GAAUAUCCCAUAAGGGUCUACAUUUUGCGAUUCCGCUUCCCAUUUCCGAGAGGACGUUGGUGCGCCAUUGAUCCAAAUAACCGACUAAUCUGUCAAUGUACGACUUGGUUUUCUGUCAUUUCAGAAAAAGUUGGCGGUGUACGAAAGGAGGUCGAUUUAUUAUGCUAACAAAGUUCGUCCACGUGUUUUUAAAUUUUUUCUCAGUUCUAAAUUUUAAUUUCUGUUUUAAUGUAAAUUCCGGGAGUGUUCAAAAUUCUUAAAAUCGCGAGAGCGAAUGAAAUUAAGGGUGUAAAAUUUUACUACAUAUUAGCAUUUUUUGAUAAAAUUAGAAAAUCUUUGCGAUUUUCGGGAGUGUCGUAAUACUUAUAACCGCGAUCGUUUUUAUAAUAUUGUAAAAUGUUGUUCCUUUGUCCAGUUAGUAAACACGUGGUUCGGGAGUGCUCAUCGAAAUUCUUAAAAUCGCGAGUGAAUGUUUUUCUUAUUCCAAAGAUGACAAACUACUAGUUUUUUAUUCCGAAGAUGACGAAAACUACGAGCGCAGCUUCAAAAUGGAUAUCGGGUACAACUUAUUGUGAAAGUCACAUCUACAUUGAUUCUGCUCAACUCUGUAUAAAAGCAAUCAUUUGAUAUACAGAAUGUUCAAUGAGGGUGAAGAAUUGUGCAAAAAGUUUUGCAAAGGAAUAUUUAGACUGAAGACAAUAAGUGAGGAGAGACGAAGCUGAUAAAUCUAGAAAUUGAAGAUCCCUGAAAAAAAGGGGGUGCUCUAGGGGCCUUUAAAGAAGCAUCCCACUAGAGCAAAAAAAAAGAAGGAGAACAUGAAUGUACCUUGCUACCAGCGGAAGAGAAUUUUUAUUAAGAAGGAUAGAGAGUCUCGCGCGUUUAAGCUCUCUUAGCGAAUCGUUUGGAUGACUUAUCUGGAAGAAUAAUCGAGAGAGAGAGAGAGAGAGAGGGAGAGAGAGAGAGAAUGUUCGAACACAAGCAGACAAUCUUGGUGGCGCCGGCACUCAGCAACAGCAGUUGUUGGCGGCCCGGUUCCUCCCAGAUGUCCUGGACUGGUCCAGGACCUGGAGAGCUAAUUCGCGCGGCCUUGAUUCUUCUUCUUAGCAUUGGAAUUCUAUUCGCCAACCUUGUCGUCAUUUGUGUCAUCAACAGUCGUCGCUAUAAUAAAUACAUUCACGCUCAGCCAAGAUAUCUGUUAACUAGUCUCGCGAGUAACGAUCUUGCCAUUGGACUUCUGGUGACUCCAUUCGGCUUCCUUCCGGCUAUAUAUGGUUGCUGGCCUUACGGUGAAGUCGUUUGUCAAAUUCAGGCGCUGCUCAGAGGGGCUCUCACUCAACAAAGUGCUGUAAUUCUGGUUUGCAUGGCGAUAGAUCGUUACAUCUGCAUGUUACAUCCUCAUCGUUAUCAUAGACAUUCCACAAGAAAGUAUUACAUGCGGCAGGGUUGUGUGGCUGUGAUGUCAACUACUUGGAUAGCAAGCGUGGCAAUUUUUGGAGUUCUCGUUCUCCCCAAGGGCGGCUAUUAUUUCAACGCGACUGGCCUUCUCGCCUGCGAUCCAUUCUUUUCUAGAGCCUCGCUUAGGAUUCUCGCUUGCUGUUGCUUCUAUUUUCCUACGACGAUGGUGCUCAUGUACUGUUACGGUUCUGCCUUUCACGUCAACAAACUGCGAUUAAAGAGGGUAGUUUGUGUCAACACGCCGGAAGUUGUCGGCGGUGGUAACAUCGAGAGG